AGAGAAAAAUUCCCAGUGAGCACGUGACACUAUAGAUACAGUUAUAAACGUCGAGUUAUUGUUCAUAGUUCAUAUAGUAUGUGUUGAGUGAGGUAUCCGGGUCUUAAUGUCUGAUCUCUGCCGUCCACUUUGCUUUCGUCUCCGUGAAUGGUGAUGCACCGAUUACACCAAGCCCUCAGGAGAGAUGUUUUGGUUCAUGCAAGGAAUGUGCUUUUUACCUACUUUUCUGGUAAUCUGGUCAUCGAGUACGUUCAUUAUAUCUUACAUCAUCGCUUUAUUCCGACGAGAUGUUGAUGUUAUCCUUCCUUAUAUUAGUGACACAGGGGCCACUCCACCGGAGAGCUGUGUGUUUGGAUUCAUGUCGACGAUCACCGCCUUUGCAGCCUUUGCUACUAUGUAUGCUGAAUAUAAAUUUGUGGAGAGAGUCCAUGAGAGAACCGGCGCCGUGUCCCCUUGUCUGAACAAGGUUGCUUUUGCUUUUGGCUUCGUCUCUUGUGUCGGCAUGUGUUUGGUGGCUACAUUUCAGGAGACGACGGUGAUGCCAGUCCAUGAUUUCGGUGCUUUACUAUUUUUCUUAUCUGGGGUUAUAUAUGCUGUCAUUCAGAGUGUGAUAUCGUACCAAGGUCUUCCUUAUGGAUGUUCUAUGACUAUUUUCCGUUUCCGUGUGUUCUUCGCUGGACUGGCUGCUCUAGUUGUAUUACCCACAAUUUUUUGUGCAAUUCCUGUCGGAACAAGCAAACUUCACUGGGACACCAAUGAUAAGGACUACUCACUACAUAUAGUGAGUGUCGCAUGUGAAUGGAUCACUACUUUCAGUUUUGUCUUCUUCUUUUUAACAUACAUCAGAGAGUUCCAGCAAUUCACACUGAAACUGACUGUUAAUUUAAUGGAGUAUUCCUGACCGUGACAUCAUACCGUUACAGAAUGUUUCACUGUUUUUGUGCAUUUUUAAUAGAAUUGUAUUUUUAUACAACUUACUACCUUUUUCAUGUUGAAAGAUCUGCUAAAGUACUGUGUAAUCAUUGGCAGUGUAUAUUUUGUAGCUUGUGUUUUGUUCUAGAAAAAGGGCUUAAACAUGUACUUGAAAUGUAAUAUAACCACUUAAUGCCAAACAAUUUAUAAAAGCUGCCUCAUAUUGAUUCUUAUUUUAGAAAGCAUUUAUGAUCAGCCAAGACAGAAUAGUUGAGCAAACUCUUAUUCGCAUUACUGUCAAUCCCCCUUUGCUUUGGUUAUAGUUUGAGCUUCUUGCUUUAUGUUGUUUUACUCCAUAAUCAUUCUGAAAAUGCAGUGCAGCUGAAAGUGAGCAACAGGUGUGUUUUAAUCUUGCACUUUAUGAAGUGGAAUAUGAAAAAAGUCCAUGCUUGCACAAUGUGUGUCUGACUUUGUAAUUUUGAAAUAAAAUCACAUGAUGAUGUUGUGCAUGA